CACAUGCUCUCGGAACAGAAGUAGGAAGUGCUGGUGGUUGUUUUAAAGUUCAUACUGGGGUUGCUCAGACUCAGUCUCCUAAUACGCUGGAUGCAGUUGACUUCCCAAAACUGUUGGCUUGAUUUAUAGAACUUGUGUAAAUGCUGCACUUCUCUAAAGAGAAAGAAAGAAACUUAGCGGGCUGAUGCCCAGAGCCUCACAGGACCCAUCUGCUGGUUAGGGGCGGGCAACGCUUGGAAGUCACCUCUGUGACCAGAAGACAUUUGGCCCUCAGAGGAGCUUCAGAAUCUGUGGCCCACUCUGUGUGGAGAAACUGGAAGUACAGUGAUGUGUGGGGGCACUCCGAGGAACACCAGCCGGGCAGGGGCCAAGCCGGAUGCUGCCAGAAGUGGGAGUGAGCCUGUCGCUGGUCCCAGGAGGAUGUGCCAUGCCAAGAUAUUUUGGGGCAAAAAGCCCCUAAGACUUGAGGGAGCAGGAAAGGGGACUGAUCAUUCUGCAGCAGCAGCAGGAUUCCACCACAGUUGGUCAUGUUCCGAGUUGGACUUGAAUGAAAUCCGCCUGAUCGUUUACCAGGACUGUGAAAGGAGAGGCCGACAAGUCUUAUUUGACUCGAAAGCAGUGCGGAAGAUGGAGGAGUUGGCAGCUCAGAGAACUGAGGAUGCCUCCAUUAAAAUGCCAGUCAAUUGCUGUCAGGCUCGGAACAAUAGCAGCAGCAGUAACAGCAGUGGAAGUGGCAGUGGCACCUCUUCCCAUCAUUCUUCAGCGAGCUCUCUACAUGGCAAGGAGCAACUUCCCAAGUACCAGUAUACAAGACCAGCUUCUGAUGUCAAUAUGCUUGGGGAAAUGAUGUUUGGUUCCGUGGCAAUGAGUUACAAAGGCUCUACCUUAAAGAUCCAUUAUAUACGUUCCCCACCACAGCUGAUGAUUAGUAAAGUCUUCUCUGCUAGGAUGGGCAGCUUCUGUGGAAGCACCAACAACUUGCAAGACAGCUUUGAAUACAUCAAUCAAGAUCCUAAUUUGGGGAAAUUAGGCUCAAAUCAAAAUAGUUUGGGUCCUUGUCGUGCUGGAAGUAACCUAGGCGUGCUUCAGGUGUGCAGCGGCAAGCUGCUGCAAGGGUUGGCUGAAGGAGGACCUCUCCGGCUCACCCGGAGCGCUUCUUUUUUUGCAGCACACAGCACUCCUGUCGAUAUGCCUAGCAGGGGCCAGAAUGAAGACAGGGACAGUGGGAUUGCCCGAUCAGCUUCCCUGAGCAGCUUGCUGAUCACACCUUUCCCGUCUCCAAGCUCCUCCUCCUCCUCCUCUAGCAGUUACCAGCGCCGCUGGCUCCGGAGCCAAACAACGAGUUUAGAAAAUGGCAUUGUCCCAAGGUGGUCAACAGAAGAGACUUUUAGCUUGGCUGAUGAGACCUGCAGUUCUAAUCCUGCUAUAGUUCGAAGGAAGAAAAUUGCCAUCAGCAUUAUCUUCUCCCUGUCUGAAAAAGAGGAGGCACAGAAGAAUUUCCAGGAUUUCUUUUUCUCUCACUUCCCUCUUUUUGAAUCUCAUAUGAACAGGCUGAAAAGUGCAAUUGAAAAGGCCAUGAUCUCCUGCCGAAAGAUAGCAGAAUCAAGUCACAGAGUACAAUUUUAUAUCAGCCAUCUGAUGGAAGCUCUGGGAGAGUUCAGAGGGACUAUCUGGAACUUAUACUCUGUCCCAAGGAUCACAGAGCCUGUUUGGCUUACCAUGAUGUCCAGCACGCUGGAGAAAACGCAGCUCUGCCAACGCUUUCUCAAGGAGUUUACACUUCUGAUUGAACAGAUCAACAAGAAUCAGUUUUUUGCUGCAUUACUGACUGCAGUAUUAACUUACCACCUGGCAUGGGUGCCAACUGUGAUGCCUGUUGAUCACCCUCCAAUCAAAGCCUUUUCUGAGAAACGUACUUCACAAUCAGUGAACAUGCUGGCCAAAACACACCCCUAUAACCCUCUCUGGGCACAACUGGGUGACUUGUAUGGGGCCAUAGGCUCUCCAGUGAGACUGACUCGGACUGUGGUCAUUGGGAAGCAUAAGGAUUUGGUCCAGCGAAUCCUUUAUGUCCUGACUUAUUUCCUUCGGUGCUCAGAGCUACAGGAGAACCACCUGACAUGGGGUGGAAAGCUCUGGGAAGGCGAGGAGGUACUGAAUGGGAGCAAGAUGACAACAGCUUUGGAGAAAGGAGAGGUGGAGGAUUCUGAAUAUGUGGUCGUGACUGUGAGGAAUGAGCCUGCGCUGGUGCCCCCAGGACUGCCCUCAAAGACUGGUGAGAAAAAAGCAGAUGCCCCAGAAGGCCUGGCCCCUGCACACCUCCUCUCCAGAGGUAGCACCGAAGGUAGUAAAGGUUCAGGAAAGAACGAGCAGAACUUCGAGGCCUAUCCUGUGAUCUCCUUGGAUGAAACAACAUUGGAUGCUUCUUGGGAGAAUCAGGGUCCAUUGCACGAGGAGGAGAAAAACCAAAAGGAGACCUCUGAGCAUCACUCUCUAAGCACCCCCAGCUUUGAAAGGUCGACCAGAUCUGAAGCUUGGGUGAUGGGGCUGAAGUCUGAACAACAGGCUUCCGGCGUGGAGUUGAAAAUGGAGAUGGACAAGAAACCCCCAGAUAGGUCAUCUGCUUGGCCUUGUCCAGACAGACGUUUCCAGGAAAACCCUCAUUUAGAGAAAGUCACUUUCCAGAUUGGAAGCUCAGUGUCUCCAGAGUCAGAUUUGGAAAGCCGAGCAAGAGACUUGGAGGAGAAGCUGAAAGCCUUUAGGAAUCCUCCUGAUUUAGCAAGGAGUCUCUUGGGUCGGGCCAGGGAGACUGCUGAACUAGUUCAGGAACAACGGGUUUCUCAGGUCCCUUUUAGGCCUGGCAUGCGGAGGAAUGUUUGCUAUACCCAGAUCCCAUCUUCUGAAGAGCAUGAAAGCUCAGGCCAGGGGUUUUCUGAGGGGGGUGAUGUUCGUAUUGAUGUCAUAGAGACUGCUGAGCCUCCUGGCCUGGCGGCUAAACCCUUGGCCCCUUUGGACAAGGGAGCAGGAGUUGGAAAACAAAGAACUCUGGAGGAGGGUAGAGGUUUGUGCUUGAAGACUGGGAAGGGACAGUCAUUGGAACCUGUUCAGAACAGGUGUAUGCUGCAGGACCCUGUCCUCAUGGGAGCUGCAGAUGUCCCCUGUGGGGAUACUGAGGUGAAAACAGCCUUCAGGAUGGAAGGAGACAUUCCUAGGAAUGAAAGCUCAGACAGUGCCCUCGGCGACAGUGAUGAUGAAGUGUGCACUUCAACUCCAGGAAACCUAUGCCCCAACAGUGAGGGCAGUGAAGAAUCAUUAGAAGUAGAGCUACCUUUGCCAAGGUCUCAGAUCAUCAGCAACCAAAAUGUAAAGAACUUUGGCCGUUCCCUUUUAGGGGGUUACUGCCCCAUGUACAUGCCUGAUCUGGUGCUCCAUGGAACCAGCAGUGAUGAGAGACUGAAGCAGUGCCUGUUAGCAGACCUGGUCCAUGCAGUGCAUCAUCCUGUGCUCGACGAGCCCAUAGCAGAAGCCAUCUGUAUCAUCGCAGACACGGAUAGAUGGAGCGUCCAGGUAGCUACGAGCCAGAGGAAAGCCACAGACGGUGGGAAGCUGGGCCAAGAGGUCUUGGUGUCAAGUCAGGUGUCCAGCUUGCUACAGUCCAUUUUACAGCUGUAUAAGCUCCGCCUUCCUGCUGACUUUUGCAUAAUGCAUCUUGAGGACAGGUUACAGGAGAUGUAUCUCAAAAGCAAAAUGCUCUCCGAGUAUCUUCGAGGACACACAAGAGUUCAUGUGAAGGAACUAGGCGUCGUCCUGGGGAUCGAGUCAAAUGACCUGCCUCUGCUGACUGCUAUUGCUAGCACUCACUCUCCUUACGUCGCUCAAAUACUCUUAUAAGCUAAGCUCCAGACUGUCCUUCUCUGGACAAGAAAAACCCAACAACAGAGGCAGAGAUGUUCAACGGGAGGAGAAAGGCAGAGGCAAGCCAACAGCCUAAUCCUAAAGACAGGCUUUCCCUCACUGCCCGUUUGGUUUGGAAGUGGACCUUUCUUUAGAAGACUUUGGUUUACAUGACUUCAUGGCAUUCAGGUUCUUCUCUAACACUUUAGUCACCUAUGAAUCAACAGGAGGAGAAGGUGACCUUUAAAAAAAAACCAUGCAAAAAGGCAAAACAAACACUACAGCAAAUGCUAGACUUUCAGUAUGAACUAGCUUGUGUCACUUGGAGAGAGAGAUGGACCAGCUAGACUAGCUGGUUCUCCUCUCUGACUUUGGAGGAGGGAGUCGCCCAGUGUAUAGAGCAUUCCUACAGCCAAGCAUUCUCCAGCCGAGAGACACUGGCUGAGCUGGGGAAGGCACGUCGGGUCCAUUACGAGACGCUGGAAGGAUUGGCUGCCACAAUUGUCUUUCUCCCCUUUUUUUCCUACAAGGCAAGAGGAAAGCCACGUUUUCAUUGCCUUCAGCUCUGAUAGCUCCAACUGUCACCCGUUUGAUAAUGAAAACAAAUAAGGACGCCUGUGGGGACAAUGGGGUUUCUUGGGACUAGUCGUUGCUUUAAUUUCUUCUGGGAGGUGAUGUUUCAGAUGCAAACCUGGCUCUGAUUUGCAAUGGCCUGGGCACAUUGGUUCAUAAAACCUAAGAACAGAUCCAACACAGUAACGUUAUCAAGAUGUCCUCAGCAGCGAGCGAGCAAGUUCAUAGUCUACUAACCUUAUGUCAAAACCUGGUACAUUAGCGUUUUCAACUGCCUUUUUAAAGAGAGGCCAUUCACCCAAGUAAUUGCUGGGAGCUCAGGGAGGAUUGGGGGGUGGUAAAUUCUUCCAGCCCAAAUCACUUUCUUCCUUGUAACAUUUAGAAGUGUCUCUCUUUACAUUUUAAAUGAGACAGCUGGCUUUUGGUGAAAUGAGACCUUAAAGUGACUGGGGGAAAGUAAUGUUUGAAUAUUUGCAAACAUCCUAUUGUAAUCCUACCAAGUUUUUGCACUAUCAUGUCUGUGCCUUCCCAUCUCUAACAUCCUGCUCUGCUCUUCCCACCCCACAAGAACCUUUGGUUAUUUGGUUCUGAAAUUCCUCCACCUAUCAAAUACCUCCAUAUAAAAUUCCUUGUUCUUAAAUCUUACUCAUUUCUUUGUUGGGUUUCAAAUAACUAUACUUUGUGUUGACAUUUUUUUUAAAAGGACAUCUUGCUUAGUUUACUGCCCACCAAGUAUCAUAUGAGAAAAAUCAGAAACCCAGGAUGAAAAGGGGCAUUUUUUUAAAGCAUUGAGCACCGCAAGUAAUUAUUUUAGUCACAAUGGGAAAAGCGUCCAUUCACCUUCCUCCUGCUCCCAGGCUACAGUGCAGCUAGACAUCUUGCUAGCAGAAGAUGGGCCUAGUUUCUGUGCGCUGCAUAAUUUCCUAUUCUUUCCAUUCCUUCUAACAGCAAUCCAGUAACAUCUAGUUUGGAGCCAAGAUGAGUUAAAAAAAAAAAAAAAAAGAACAAUUAAGAGCCUUAUUUCUGAUCUCCGGCUGCCUGUCUGGCACAUUGUCAGUGAGCCAGGCUUUGGUUUAUUCUUUUAUGGAGACACGUUCACUCUCUUUUUAAAAAGAGCGAUGCCAGCAGUAGACAUGGAGAGAGUUGUGGGGAGGGAGUUACUUCUUAGGGAUGGGCAACUGCUUGCUUUUGUAUAGUAUCUUCCAUUCUUUCCCUGAGACGUGAAAUGUUUACCAGCUCAUUAUGACUUAUUUCUGUAUUUCUCAUCUCCACUCAGUGUGAUUCUUUUCUUCUUACACCUCUGUAGUUCCUGAGGAGAGAAUUCAAGCUUUGUCUUUUUAAGCACUUCAUAAGACCAUGACUUCUGCUUGCUAGCGUUUAGGUGAGGAAAAAGUGCAGGUCCCCUGAUUUGACCUCUUGGAAAUAAGUCAAGCUAAUGCUUCUUUCUGCCCUAAGUUCUGUCCGUUCAUCUUUGUCUUCCAGUCUCAUUUUCUUGUUUUGUGUAAAUCCCCAACUUCCAGGGUCCAGAUAAAAUACCUUACCCAGUAGACACUAACCAGUGUAAUUACAGUGUGGAUAUUGUGGGUGGCUUUCUGAAAUAGAAGCCCAUUUAAUGGAAUCGGGCAUUAAAUGGGCCUCCCAUCUUUUCUGCCACCAAAGGUUUCAGUGCUACCCUCUCCUCUUUGGUUUGAGCAGGUUUAUUUACCUUCUUAAUUUAUUUUUAAGCUCCAAAUUACAUAAGCUUUUGGUAAAAUGUCUGCGCUAAAACCAUAGGUGGAUUUUAUAUGGGUGUUUUGUCUCCAUCGCACUCAGGAUUCCAGUCAGUCCAUAUUCCUCACAACAGUUGCCUCCAACAAACAGACCUAGAAUGUUACUGCUGCUAUUUUAAAAUACCGCAUUAAGAAACACUCACACUUUCUUUGGUCUUAUUCAACUUCUUUCUAAACCACAACAGAAACGUGUGACCUUGUAUUGAAAUAGUUUUUUUUUUUAAGCCAAUGGCUUUAUUCUAACUAAUCUGAAGACUCAGGAGAGCCCUUGCUCUCUCCCAUCCCCAUUUCAAAAAAAAAAAAAAAAACUACCUCAGUUGACAGGAUUCCACCUUUAGGGCUUCUUCAACUUUGUAAGUCUUACCUGUUGAGUGUAACUUUUGUAGCAUCUUGCUUCCCAGGCAAGUUAGUGUGGCAUGACCGAGCAGACGGUGUGUGUAAAUGUCGUGGUGAUGGACCUCUUAGAGCAUGUGUCAGUUUUAUUUUUUAAUAAAUUGGUAAUUAAUAUGAAUGUAAGGGAACUGUGUGUUUAAAACUGACAGUGAAAUGAAAAAAAACCAUGUAGCUGAAUAUCUGCAAAAUUCCCAAAGCGUUUUCUUCUUUUAUCAGUGUUAUAAUAGCUUUUUGUACAGGCUGCAAUCCAUUUUUCUGAAGUGUGCUGUUUUUUAAUGAAAGUGAUUGUAAUCUUUUCACAUCCCAUGAAACUGCUGUUUACACAUUACUGACUUUUACAACCCCAUAUUUUUCAAACCUAACCUUUUUGGAGGGAGGAGAUCCCUACUGCAUUCAACGUGAUUCAGCUGCUGUUUGGACUCUUCUAAUGAAAUACUGAGAUUUUAUAAAAUGUAUAGUCUCUAGCUUUUCAAUCUAGUCACCUGGGCUAGCCAGUGUCUGUGAAAACAACCAAUAGGAAGGAACCCCGAAGUUCUUUUAAAUGUGUAGUUUUUGCCACUAACCUGUAUUUUUGAGAGUAUUUCUCCCCCAUGGAUAUUUUCCACUACUACUAGCAUGGAAAGUCUAUACCUGAACUCUAAUUAAAGAUGUACAUUUGGGUCUUACUGAAAAACAAACAAAACCCACUGUGUAAAUUUCCCUUGGAUCGGAACUCCUGCACCUACUCCAACUUGCUGAAUGUUGCUUUUAACAGUGAACCAUGCAUCUUGGAAGAGAGAAUGUGACAUACUGAAGCUUCACUGGUUAUGCAAAUCAAACAGGAGAAAAUUCUGGAUUUUGCUAUUAUUGCAUCUCUUUUGUGACAGACUGAAAGGAUCUUAUUUUUUGAUCGGUCGACUAGGUACCAAUGUCAACUGUGUGGAAAUUUUUUCUUACUGCUUUAAGUGUAUCAUUUUGAUCUAGUUCUCUGUGGCAUUUGGUGCAAUAAAUCUUUUGAAUACGG